AUGGUUUACCGUAACAAAAUUUCACUAACACCAGGAAACAGAGAAAUAAUAACUAUCCAGGCCGGCCAGUGUGGCAACAGCAUCGGAAGCCAGUUCUGGCAGCAGCUGUGUCUGGAACACGGCAUCAGUCAAGAUGGAACUAUCGAAGACUUUGCGACCGAAGGCGGCGAUCGUAAAGAUGUCUUCUUUUACCAGAGCGACGAUACGCGAUACAUUCCCCGCGCCAUCCUAAUCGAUCUCGAACCGCGUGUCAUCAAUACCAUUCAGACGGGAUCCUACCGGAACAUAUACAAUCCCGAAAACUUCUAUGUGGGCAAGAGCGGUCUUGGUGCGGGCAACAACUGGGGUGAUGGUUACCAGACAGGCGAGCAGGUACACGAGGAGAUCAUGGAGAUGAUUGAGCGCGAAGCCGACGGCAGUGACUCCCUCGAGGGUUUCAUGAUGCUACACUCCAUUGCCGGUGGUACAGGAUCCGGACUGGGCUCUUUCCUACUCGAGCGAUUGAACGACCGCUUCCCCAAGAAGAUCAUCCAGACAUACUCAGUAUUUCCCGACACGACCAGCGCGGGCGACGUUGUCGUACACCCUUACAACAGCUUGCUUGCGAUGAGGAGGUUAACGCAAAACGCCGACUCGGUAGUGGUGCUUGACAACGGCGCCCUCUCACAUAUUGCCGCCGACAGACUGCACGUUCAAGAGCCUUCCUUCCAGCAGACGAACCAACUCGUAUCGACCGUCAUGUCCGCCAGCACAACCACCCUCCGAUACCCCGGCUACAUGCACAACGACCUGGUCAGCAUCCUUGCCUCUUUAAUCCCGACUCCCCGAUGCCACUUCUUGAUGACGUCGUACACGCCCUUUACCGGUGACCAGGUGGAACAGGCAAAGACGGUGCGCAAGACGACGGUUCUCGACGUGAUGAGACGAUUGCUGCAGCCCAAGAAUCGCAUGGUGUCUACUGUACCCGGCAAGAAGAGCUGCUACAUCUCCAUCCUGAACGUCAUCCAGGGCGACGUGGACCCAACCGAUGUGCACAAGAGUCUGCUCCGUAUUAGGGAGCGUCGUCUUGCUACAUUCAUUCCUUGGGGUCCCGCAGCAUUCAGUGGCUUGAUGUUGGCAAACCAUACCAGUAUUGCUACGCUCUUCAAGCGCAUCGUCAGGCAGUACGACGGUAUGCGGAAGCGCAACGCCUUCAUGGAAGCCUACAAAAAGACAGCGCCGUUCUCUGAGAACUUCAACGAGUUUGACGAAGCCAGGGAGGUCGUCAUGGACCUCAUUGCCGACUACGAGGCUGCCGAAGACGCCAACUAUCUCAACCCAGACCUUGGCGAAAGCGCGUCGGCCGACACGGACAAACGGAUGGCUUGA